GCGCUUGAGCGACUCGCCAUUCGGGGCGCCGUCCGGGGCCAUUCGGGGGCCAUUAAGUAGCAUGAAAGUUGAUUAUUUCAGCGACUUCGGCUUUCGUCUCUCCGACUAUGCUGAAAGAACUAUAUGCACUGACGCAACCUCAGGAAACCCCAAGAUGGCUGCCAAGCGCAAAGGUGGCCUGAAGCUAAACGCAAUCUGUGCCAAGCUUAGCCGCCAGGUCGUCGUCGAUCACAAAGGGCCGGAGCGAGCGCAGACUGACAAGGCUCCCCAAGGGCGGGGCGGCAACAGUGGCAGCAACAAGGAGCUCUCCCAGCCUGGUGGGAAGGAGCUGAGGGCAGAGUUUUCUGAGGGGUCCGACUGCGUGCAGAAGAUUGAAGAGGACAAGCGGAGGGAGGUGAUUGAGAAGUGGGUGAAUGGGGAGUACAGCGAAGAGGCCUUGCUGGGGCGGAUCGAGGCCAAGGAAGGGAAAGGCUCCGAGGGGGCGGACGUGCCCCCCGAGGGUGUGUACAUGGUGCAGCCCAAGGGUUGCAGUGAUGAAGAGGACAACGGGGAUGAGGCCGAGCCUCAGCGGGGCUCUCAAGAUGGCAGCUUCCUGGACGACCGGGAGUCAGACGGGUCUCCCUUGAAGGAUGAAAGCUUCCGCCCCUCCCGCAGUGAAUUGGGCUCCAAGCUCAGCGGAGGAGUUCCCUCAGGGGAGGCUUCCUCUCUGCGGGACUACGCUGCCACCACCAUGAACGAGUUCCUAGGCAUGUUUGGCUACGACGACCAGAAUAUGCGGGAUGAGCUGGCUCGCAAGAUUAGCUUCGACAAGCUGAACGCUUCUACCUCCGAGGCUGCCACAGCUGCUGUCGCCACCUCUCUUGCUGGCGAGGAUGCCAUGAGCAAGAGAGCCCGCUUUUCCAAGUAUGAGGAGUAUAUCCGCAAGUUGAAGGCUGGGGAAUCAGUCCCGUUCCUCCAACUCAAGACCGAGGAGCUGAGCAGCAAACUGGGCAAGGAAGCCCCUCCAGUUCUGAGUCAACCAGUUCGGUUACCGGCUCCUGAUGCUUUGCUCCUGCCGGAGACAAAAGCUACCAUUUUGCCCUUGCCCUCACCAAGCAGUUCCCAGAUGCAAGGGCUGAUGUCUCGGGCCUCCAAGUAUGACUUCUUCAUCCAAAAGCUGAAGACGGGUGAAAGCAUCAGGCCUCAGAAUGGAAACACCUACAAAAAGCCCUCCAAGUAUGACUUGGAAAAUGUCAAGUACUUGCAUCUCUUCAAGCCAGGGGAAGGUAGCCCAGACAUGGGAGGGGCCAUCGCCUUCAAGACCGGAAAAGUGGGCCGUCCUUCCAAGUACGAUGUAAGGAACAUCCAGAAGCUCCCCCCGGUCAAAGCUCCGACGCCCAACUUGGGCCCGACCCCCGUUGCCAGUACCCCCAGCAGCACGUCGGUGGCUGGACCUGAGCAGCCAGCCUCGCUGCCCUUCAACACUCCAGAGUACCUGAAAUCCACCUUCUCCAAGACAGACUCCAUCACAACUGGAACGGUUUCUACUGUUAAGAACGGAUUAACCACUGACAAACCAGCUGUCACCGAAGAUGUAAAUAUUUACCAGAAAUAUAUUGCCAGGUUUUCAGGAAGCCAGCACUGCGGACACAUUCACUGUGCAUACCAGUACCGGGAACAUUAUCACUGCCUGGAUCCAGAGUGCAACUAUCAGAGAUUCACAAGUAAGCAAGAUGUGAUCCGGCAUUACAACAUGCAUAAGAAGCGCGACAAUUCACUUCAGCACGGCUUCAUGCGUUUCAGCCCACUGGAUGACUGCAGCGUUUACUAUCAUGGCUGCCACCUGAACGGGAAAAGCACACACUACCACUGCAUGCAGGUGGGUUGUAACAAAGUCUAUACCAGCACCUCUGACGUGAUGACCCAUGAAAACUUCCAUAAGAAGAAUACACAGCUCAUUAAUGAUGGAUUCCAGCGGUUCCGGGCCACGGAAGAUUGCGGCACUGUGGACUGCCAGUUCUAUGGGCAGAAGACCACUCACUUCCAUUGCAGGCGGCCUGGUUGCACGUUCACCUUCAAGAACAAGUGUGACAUUGAGAAGCACAAGAGCUACCACAUCAAGGAUGACGCCUACGCCAAGGACGGCUUCAAGAAGUUCUACAAGUAUGAAGAGUGCAAGUACGAGGGCUGCGUCUACAGCAAGGCCACCAACCACUUCCACUGCAUCCGCCCGGGCUGUGGUUUCACCUUCACCUCCACCAGCCAGAUGACCUCUCACAAGCGCAAGCACGAACGCCGGCAUAUCCGCAGCUCAGGGGUAUUAGGUCUGCCCACUUCUCUCCUGGGAGCCAAGGAUAACGAGCAGGAAGAAUCCAGCAACGAUGACCUCAUUGACUUCUCUGCCAUGAGCUCUAAGAACUCCAGCCUGAGUGCCUCCCCCACCAGUCAGCAGUCUUCCGUCUCGAUUGUUCCGGGGGCACCUUCCACUGUGGGAGAGAUUGCCACCUCUCAGACCUCCAGCAAACCUGCCAAUAGUCUGCCAUCGGCCUCUAAGAUCCCGGGUCUGCUCUCCCAAACCCUGCCUAGCAAUAUCCCCUUGGCCUUGGCACUCUCUAAUGCAGCGCUUUCUGGGCCGGUGGGCACCUAUUUUUCAAAUAUCUCUAGCCGGGUCUCCGCACCGCUGCCCGCCAGCUCCACAAGCUUGAUAGCUGCCGGUUCUUCUAACCCCAACCCAGCAUCCUCUGCCAACUCCCCUUCCCAGGCCAUCUCAGGUUCCAGUGAGGCUGUGGCCUCUUCUCCACCGACUCCAGGAUCAUCCCUCAUGGAGAGGAUCUCAGCCAGCAAAGGAUUGAUCUCGCCUAUGAUGGCCAGGUUGGCUGCAGCGGCACUUAAGCCUUCUGUGGCCGUGGAAGCAGGGAAUGGGCAGCUGACCGCUCCUGGACGUUUUAACCCAACUCAGCUAAAACAAGAGACCAAUGAAAGUCCCACAUCUGCAUCCGCAGUCACCCAGGAUUCCUUGCAGGAACACAGCCUGGACCUGAGUGUGAAGGAACACGGUAAUGAAUCAAAUGGCCACACAGUCUCGGCAAAUUCAUCUCUUUUAUCCUCGCUUAUGAAUAAGAUGUCUCAGACUAAUCCCAGCCUCGGCAAUCUUCUUGGCUUGAAGGCGGAAGCUGACGGCAGCCAGCCUGGGGCUGCAGGGGAGGCUUCACAGUACCUGGGCAAGGCAGUAAAGGCCCUUGUCCAAGAGAAACUCUCUGAGCCCUGGAAAAUGUAUUUGCGCAGGUUUGGUACCAAGGACUUCUGUGAUGCGCAGUGCGACUUUCUCCACAAAGUGCAUUUCCAUUGUGUGGUGGAAGAAUGCGGAGCCCUCUUCAGUACCGUGGAUGGCGCCAUAAAGCACGCCAAUUUCCACUUCCGAACAGAGGGUGGAGGCGUGAAAGGAAACGCCGAAUUGUCCUUUCCAGCUGUUGCAGAGACCAAGACUUCCGUAGCCCCCUUAUCGCCAUCCACUUCGUCCGCCACUAUGACAAAUGCUUCUGCCUUGGAUGCGCCCACUCCGAACGCAGUCUCUGUGCCCUCCACUCCCACGCUCCUUGCUUGGAAACAACUGGCUUCCACCAUGUCUCAGAUCCCCGCAUCCGUGCCUAAUCUGGCGGCAUCACCUUUGGCAACAACUUCCCUCGAAAAUGCCAAGCCUCAGGUCAAACCCGGAUUCCUCCAGUUCCAGGAGAAUGACCCUUGUCUGGCCACAGAUUGCAAGUACGCCAACAAAUUCCACUUCCAUUGCCUCUUUGGGAACUGCAAAUAUGUGUGCAAAACUUCUGGGAAAGCAGAAUCUCACUGCCUGGACCACAUCAACCCCAAUAACAACUUGGUGAAUGUGCGAGACCAGUUUGCUUAUUACUCUCUUCAGUGUCUCUGCCCAAACCAGCACUGUGAAUUCCGAAUGCGGGGGCAUUACCAUUGUCUUCGUCCUGGCUGCUUCUUUGUGACCAACAUCACUACCAAGUUGCCCUGGCACGUGAAGAAACACGAGAAAGCGGAGCGGAGAGCAGCCAACGGCUUCAAGUACUUCACAAAGCGGGAGGAAUGUGGCAGGCUAGGCUGCAAGUACAACCAGGUGAACAGCCAUUUCCACUGCAUUCGCGAAGGCUGCCAGUUCUCCUUCCUUUUGAAGCACCAGAUGACGUCCCACGCGCGGAAGCAUAUGAGGAGGAUGCUGGGGAAGAACUUUGACCGUGUUCCCACUCAGGUUAUUGGGCAGACUCCAAGGAAUGAAAACCUCCCUCAAGUCAGUAGCAUGGCACCAAGCCCAGCAUCAUCAGGGACUCCCGCUUCCUUUCAGGGACCCCAAAGCCUGAUGGAUACGGAGGCAGACGAGUACGUCGACUACACGGGAUGCAGCCCUGGCGGCAUUUCCUCUGAGUCCUCGAACAUGGAUCGCAGCUGCUCCAGUACUCCAGUGGGCAACGAAAGCACUUCGGCAGGCUGCCUGGCUGCUCCUCCUCCUCCUCCUGCUGCUGCUGCUGGCGAUGACGUUAGCCACGCUGCUCCACAGCCACCACCUCUGCCUCCAUCUUUCUCACAAGCCCUGCUCAGAUCUCCCCUCCCUUCCCUCCCCUAUCUCUUCUCUCCAUCUUGCGUCUCAUACUCUCUGCUCAGUGCCACUCUGGGAUCCAGCAGGGGCAUUAUCAUGCCCGCCACCAGCUCGACAGGGUUCUCACCCAUCAUGGCCACUCCGGCUCCAGUCAAAAGUGAUGUCCCUCUAGUUCAGGACGCAGCAGGGAACACCAUCACCAUGCCAACUGCAGCAGGGGCCAAGAAGCGCUUCUGGAUCAUCGAGGACAUGUCCCCGUUUGGAAAGCGACGCAAAACUGCAUCCUCCCGCAAGAUGCUGGAUGAAGGGAUGAUGCUGGAGGGCUUUCGGCGUUAUGACCUCUAUGAGGAUUGCAAGGACUCCAGCUGCCAGUUCUCCCUGAAAGUCACCCACUACCACUGCACCCGGGAGAACUGUGGCUACAAGUUCUGUGGCCGCACCCACAUGUACAAGCACGCACAGCACCAUGACCGUGUUGACAACCUGGUGCUGGAUGACUUCAAGCGCUUCAAGUCCUCUCUCAGCUGCAACUUCCCCGACUGUCAGUUCUCGGGCAACAGCACGCACUUCCACUGCCUGCGCUGUGGCUUCCGCUGCACCGAUAGCACUAAAGUGACGGCCCACCGCAAACACCACGGCAAGCAGGAUGUGAUCAGCGCUGCCGGCUUCUGCCAGUUCAGUUCCAGCGUGGACUGUGGGGUGUCCGACUGCAAGUACAAACUCAAGUGUUCCCACUUCCACUGUACCUACCCAGGUUGCAAGCACACGGUCGUUGGCAUGUCACAGAUGGACUCGCACAAGCGCAAACAUGAGAAGCAGGAACGAGGAGAGCUGCCGGCCAUCUCUCCAGGCCCUGAUUGCCUCCCCCACUCCGCACUGGAGUACGAUGCACAGAACUCUUCCGUCAACCUGGACAGCUCUCUCAACCUCAGCACCGAUGCAAACACCUCCCUCUUCUUCCUGCAGAACGCUGCUGGCCUGGGCCUCAACGACUCCCUGGACCUCAGUCAAAAACCGCCAGAGGGAGCAAGCAGUAACCCUUCCCCCAACGGAGAGGGCACAGCCCCCCUAGAGCGUGAUCAGGUACCCACAAGCUGUGGCCAUGUGGAGGAAGAAGACGAUUCCUCCCACGAUGAGGAAGAUGAAGAGGAAGAAAUGAAUGAAGAGGAUGAGGAGGAGGAAGAUGACGAUGACGACGAGGAAGAUGACGACGAGGAAGAGGAUCUGAACACAGAUUCCGAAGAGUCGCUUCCUGACGCAGAGGGCUUGCCUGCUAAAGACGUUAGGGAACUGGGCGAGGCCAUGUCUCCUGCAGGCCACAGCGAUGCUUCCAGGCCACUGGGAGAGCCAGCCCCAGCCCCCGCGGUCCCAGAGGCCUCCACUUAACCUACUGAUAACAGCAGGAUUUCGGUCUUUUUUUAAAAAAAAAUUGACUUGAUAGAGGACCCCACUAUGUGAGGCAAGAACAAAUGCUAGGAUGGCAAGCGGCGAAACAAACAUCCCAACUCCACCCCAGAACACGCACAAGAGUGGAAGGGGGAAGAAAAAUCAAAUCCUUGGACCACAUGAUGAAGAAAGCCUUGUGCCCAUGGGAGGGGCGGGGGGGCAGAGAUGCCGUCUGUUGGGACGCACAUGUUUACAGGGUGGCAGACGGCAGGCAAAUCACUUUACUAUUAUGCAGAUCGGGUGGGCCACGGAGAAGAUGGAUGUGCUAACCGUAAGGGCAACCGUUUCCCCUUCUUUCCCCAAACUACUAUUUGUAUGGGGUGGGGGAGAGAAGAGUUGUUUAUUUUCCUCCAAGUUCUAUUUUAUUUUUUUGUUUUCAUUUGUCCUUUUAAGACUCCUCCCAUUCUCAGGGAGAGGGGGCAGCUAGCAUCUGAUGGUGAAUAUUAGGGAUAAUGAUAAUAUAUAUUUGCAAAUAAGGAUUUGGUUCCUUUAAAGCCACAAGCUAAGUUCUUUGCCACCUGAGGGAAGGGGGGUUGGGGUUGGGGUUGGGGUGGGUGUCAGUAUCACUCAUACUACUACUUCUUUUUCUCCAGCAUCAAAUGAACAGGAGAAAUGUGGGUCUCAGGCAGUUUGGGUUGGUUGGGGAAGGGGUAUUUAUUAAUCAGUUUUAAAAAAAGAGAGAGAGAAGCAUUAAUUAAGUGAACAAGGCUGGGAAUGGGGACAUCUCUCUGUUCUUCCAGAUCCUCUUUGUUAUUAAAGAAAAGAAUAAUAAUAAUAAUAAUAACUUUUUUAAAGAAAGAAAAAAAACUAUUUAUAUUGCCAGACUCCUCAUCCAUGUGGAACAGUCUGGGGUGGGUCGGGGGGUCUAACAAGUGGUAAUGGCAGUAAAGGGUAUGGGGUAGCAGUGAAAAGAUUCCUCGCAGAGGGGCUUGGAUUUAACCCUCCCCAGCCCAAGAUACCAUUGCCCUAAACGUGUUCACUUUUUUUCCUUUCCCUGUUUCAAAGCCACCUCCCUCCGAUUCUGAACUUGGAGUGGGACACGGAUUAGGGGAGGGGCGCUCAGGAUACCAUACUUUGCCUUGCUGCUAAUGAAAGGAAAGAACGCAGCAGUACCUCAUAGUGGGCCUAACUAGCCCUCGUUCCCGAGGACGGUUUUAUUUAGCUAUGUAUGAUAAAGAAACAAUCCGCCUAUCCCUGGCUGCGGUCUCGAUUUUUGGACACCGCUUAAGUAUGUUUUAUGAAAGUUGAAAAAAGGGGCGAUGCCUUCCACUGUUUAAGGGGGGUGGGGUUUGGGAGGAAGGGGAGAGUCUCAAAUCUUCCAGGGCCCCUCUUUGGACAUGCUUGGGCCUCUUUCCUCAGAAGUGGGACAUGAGUACUAGACCAUUCUGAAUCCAAGGAAGGAAAUGCUUCUUUGUCCUUGUGGGGCUGCGAUGAUCCCAAGUUGCAGUUCAUGGAAGGUGAGAGGCCUAGUUGCCCUCUGUGCAGCUCACAGCUGCGCGGCACACAAAAGAGGCACCCCUGGGCUGAAAGUCCAGUCCCACAACCACCAUGAACAUGGGCAGAGUCCAGGCACUUCCUAAACGGGGAGUAUGUUAGGGCCCCCUCCCAAAGAAGCAGCUGUUGUUUUUGACUCCCUGGAGCCCUUAAGGCCCUUUGCUUUCCAAUACUUGGUGGUUUUAGUUUCGAGCUGUUAAUGCCUAACCAAGCCAGCCACAGGAAACAACCCUCUGUGUCCAAUGGACAUGUCAUUUUAGUGCAAAAAGGCUCAGAGCUUUAUUGAAUUCCUCGAUCAAGCAAUCACACACACAAGCAACUUGGCAGUUUAAACAGAAGGGUGGGAAACAGAUCUGAUAAGACUAUUGGUGGGAAGUAAGGGGUUUUUUUACCGCUAAGGAAGAGGGACAAUAGCUAAGAAAAGGCCCGGGGGGGGGGGGGGUUGUACAGUAUUCCCCCCCCCCUGUAAAAAGGCUAAUAUUAGAGAGAGAGAACAAACGGAGAGGAGCCACACAAUAGAGUAAUCUGUGAGUAUCUAAUAAAAAAACCCUCUGUCUCACAGAUCAGACUCUCUGACAUCCUGUUUGCUUACUCGUGUACCAUUAUCAGUCGCACCCUUCCACUCUCAGUUGUGGGCAUUUAUCCCCCCACCCCUAUAUGAAGAGCAGCUUAGUUAAGCAGCAAAAGCUAAAGGGGUCUUCGCCACUCUUGUCUGUACACCUCUCCUUAUAGAACAGCAAGCAGUUCUAAAUUCAGUUUUCAAUUAGGUAAACAUUAUUUUUUUAAAAAAAGAAAAAAGUCACUAAUCGUCAUGUAAUUAUAUGACCUUCUCCAAAUUCCAAACUGAUUUCUUUGUGUGGCCUUUUUAUGUGCACAGGAUGUUAUUUCUGUUUUGCUCUUUGUUUCGGGAAGUUGGGGCAGCUACUUUUCGGGCAUCAGCUAGAAAACUGAUGGCUCCCAUUUCCAUAGCUGAAAACAAAACAAUACAAAAGACUUAAAUGCUGGAUCUCAUGUCAUUUUUGACAUGGUGAAUCAAUAGCCACCGCUUUGUGCACACAGAAAGGCAGGAAUUUAAAAAAAAUGUUUUACAUAAAUAAUAAAACUCAGCAGGGGUUUUUUUCAGCUGGAACGCGGUGGAACGGAGUUCCGGCACCGCUUGAAAAUGGUCGCAUGGCCAGUGGCCCUGCCUCCUGAUCUCCAGAUAGAGGGGAGUUUAGAUUUCCCUCCAUGCCGCUGCGCAGAGGGCAAUCUAAACUCCCCUCUGUCUGGAGAUCAGGGGGCAGGGGCACCGGCCAUGUGACCAUUUUCACUGAGGGUGAUUUAAACUUUAAAAAACUCCCUCAUUGUUCCAGCUGACCCAAAGUGACAUCAUUGCGCGGUCCCGGAAGCAUGUGCUCACUUUGCGCGCACACAUGUGGUAUCAGGGGCACCACUUCCCGCCAGGAGUUGCCUCCUGUGCUGGCAACCCACUGAGUUCCACCACUUUUCCCAGCCAUGCCAACAAAGUAGGGAGGGAGUCAAUUUGGCAACUUCACAAUGUCAAAAACAGUGGAGAGAAUUGGUAGUUAACGAGAUUUUAUUUCAAGUUUUUGAUCUCUCAAAGGGACUCAGGUUUGCUGACACAGGAACCAAGACAAAACACAGGGUAUAUAUAUUUUAAUUUAAAAAAAAAAUGGGAGAAGGGAGAACAGUGAUGUGGGCAACGAAGGAAGUCUGGGCAGGAUUUCAAAGCACAUUUUACCCCAGUUUUUUACUGCUUAGGUCACAUGCCAAGAGGUGCUAUCAAGCUCAACAGUACCACCUGCUUGCAGUAAUAUUUUUUGAAAAUAUCGGGAUAGGGGGAGUGACCGUUAAGCCUUGUGUUAGGGGAUGUUUUGGUGUCGCUGUAACACACACUGGCUUGAACAGGCAGCCUACAAGGCUCGAGAGUCAACUGUAUAUGUGUUUACAUAGGACGCUUUUAACCGAUGAAGUGUCCCACGUUUCUGACCCACAAGCCCUGGUCAGUGUCUAUCAGCUAGCACAAAAGGGCAAAGCAGGGGCACUUACAGACUGGGGGGGGGGGGUCAUUGAAAUUAGCCAGUUCUACAUGCUUCCCCAGGUGGUUCUCUGCAACCGCUUUGGUUUCAGCCUCUUAUUCCACACUGUCCUCAAAUAACCACUUUUCCUACCCAGCUGUCCCCUCCUGUUUCAAGCACCUGGCCAUCAAAAUAAACAGAACAGUAAAUACUUCCCCCCUCCCCAGUUUUCAAACUUUCUAUUAUUUUUCUUUGCUUACAAAAUAAUGAAAGGGAGUAUUUUUUUUUAAUCUUAUCUAUUUAUAAACAUGAUCCACUGCCCUCCAAGGGGGCCUGGUUUGAAAAGAUGCACUUAACAGCCCUUGGCUCUGAGGAUGAAAUUAAGAAUAGGCUUAAAAGCUACAGGGAGUGUCAGUGCUGUGACGGGGAUCUCCGCAUGUUUUCAGAGAGAGGGAUACCAAUUAAGUAAGGCAUUUAAACACGAUUAACUUUGUCGGGCAAUACACCGCACAGCGUUGCAUGCUGUUGGAAAAUUCUCAAGGGCUCUUUGGCUCUAGAGAAACCAUUCCAAUCCCAGAUCAGUAGAAAAGACCAAGAGUUCAUUUGCACCUGUAAGACUAACAAAAUUUGUGUUAGGGUAUGAGCUUUUGAGGGUCACAGCUCAUGAAAUGUUUUCUGGUGGAUCAGGCAACAGUGGGAGGUGAUAUGCUUGAAAAAUCACAGGUGGGCUGCAGAGGAACACGCCAACGUUUAAAAAAGGGGCAGGAAGAGAAGAGAACACAGUUUUACACACACACAACCAAAACGAUAGGCCAGACCCUCUGAGUAUUCGCUUGCUCUUAAAAAGGGGGGGGGGAAUAGCCACUCCUCCAAAGGGGUUAUAAAGUUCAUAAGAAAUGGUUUUUGUAAAGGGGAAAAAAUCAUUUUUAAAUAGUAGCAAAAGCUUUUUUUUAAGUCCCUAGAUUUAGAAAGGAGAAACAAACCACACAAGCAGAGCGACAACUUAUGAGGGAGAAUUCUAGCCUUUUGUAAGAUCCAUAUUGCACACACUAGGACUAUAAGCCAUUGCUAGCUCAUUUUGAAUUUUAAAUGUGUACUUUUUUCUCGUUUUUAUUUUUUUUUUCUGUGUGGGGGUGGGGGGUGGGAGAAGAAAAAAAAGUGAUGCUUGAAUUACCAAUGCUCUUUUUAAUGUUUUAUAAAUAUGUAUGUGUAUAUAUAUAUAUAAAUAUAAAAAUAAUAUGUAUGCACAUAUAUAUGUGUGUGUAUAUAUCUAUAUGUAUAUACCCUAUAUGUAUAGAUAUAUAGCUAUAUAUAGGUUUUUGAGACAAAAAUAAUGCAGAAAGUGAAAAAAAAAUCCUAAAACAGGACGGUGUGCUCUGAUUUUACUUGAAUUUGGUCUCCUCAGCACCUACGUUAUUAAGAACUGAAUAUUUUUCCACUUGAAUUUAGUGCUAUUAGAAAUUUAAUAUAUGUGUUUUAUUUAUUUGAUUUUUUUUUUGCAUGACUGAUGCAAGGUUUGACAUUUUCACUCAAUAAAAACUGGAAAAAAACAAACAAGCAA